GACAGGUACACAGUAAAGCGUGGCCGCAGCUCCUCCCCCAACAGAGCUAGUCAGGGCUUCGCUACUGCUAACGAAAGUGCGGACCACAGCAGAGAGGCUGUUCCUGGCUCCUUACUUGUAGGUUGAAGUUGCGGUGUUGCGCUAACACGAAGGCCCUUUUUGAGCAUACUAUCGACUACUGCUGCCACAGCUAAGAGUCAGGCUUUCUUGAAACUUGGAAAUCAAUGUCCGAGAAGAGUUCAUCGUCCGGUUCGGAUGAGGAUGUGGACCCAGAAUCCGGACAGCCUGUGGAGUUCGGAGGAGUUGUAAGCAAAUGGACAAAUUAUAUACACGGCUGGCAGGACCGAUGGGUUGUGCUGAAAAACAACACACUGAGUUACUACAAGUCGGAGGAUGAACGGGAGUACGGCUGCAGAGGUUCCCUGUGCCUUAGCAAGGCUGUUAUCACACCUCACGAGUUUGACGAGUGCCGUUUUGACAUCAGCGUGAAUGACAGCGUCUGGUACCUCAGAGCAGAGGACCCUGAGCACAGGCUGCAGUGGAUCGAGUCCAUAGAACUGCAUAAGGCUGAGUCUGGAUAUGGUUCAGAAACAAGUUUGAGGCGUCAUGGUUCCAUGUUGUCUCUCACAUCAGCUGCUAGUGCCUUGUCUUCCACUUCCACGUCCUCCUUCAAGAAGGGCCACAGGCUGCGUGAGAAGCUGGCAGAAAUGGAAACCUUCCGGGACAUCCUGUGCAGACAGGUGGACACCCUUCAAAAGUAUUUUGACUCCUGUGCUGAUGCAGUUUCAAAAGAUGAAUUUCAGAGGGACAGAGUAGUAGAGGAGGACGAAGAUGAAUUUCUGACCACCACAAAACCGGAUGGCGAGCACAACCAAAAUAACAAUGGCAGCAAAGAGAAAUUGUUUUCUCCUGCCAGUCCCAAAGGUAUCAACGGGAUUGACUUUAAGGGAGAAGCCAUCACCUUCAAGGCCACCACAGCUGGCAUCCUUUCCACUUUGUCCCACUGUAUCGAGCUGAUGGUCAAACGAGAAGACAGCUGGCAGAAAAGACUCGACAAGCAGGAGCUGGAGAAGAGGAGGAGGAUAGAAGAUGCCUACAGGUCUGUAAUGAACGAAGUGAAGAAAAAGUCUCACUAUGGAGGACCAGACUAUGAGGAGGGACCCAACAGUUUGAUCAACGAGGAUGAAUUCUUCGAUGCGGUGGAAGCUGAGCUGGACCGACAAGAUAAAAUAGAAGAACAGUGCCAGUCUGAGAAAGUCAGGACUCCGCGGCCAACUCCAGUUUCUCCUGCUGAUGUCUUUUCCACCAUUGGCACACACCGAUUUGCCAACAAGCCUCGUAGCUAUUCUUCUUCCGUGUCCUCAGUUGAGCUAGUCAGCGCCUCGGAUGACGUUCACAGAUUCAGCUCUCAGGUGGAAGAGAUGGUGCAGAAUCAUAUGACCUAUUCUCUUCAGGAUGUGGGUGGAGAUGCCAACUGGCAGUUGGUAAUAGAAGAAGGAGAGAUGAAGGUUUACAGGAGAGAAGUGGAGGAGAACGGCAUCGUCCUGGAUCCCCUUAAAGCCACUCACGCCGUCAAAGGCGUAACCGGACAUGAGGUCUGCCACUACUUCUGGGACACAGAUGUUCGAAAUGACUGGGAAACCACCAUUGAAAAUUUCAACGUUGUGGAAACACUUUCCGAUAACGCCAUCAUUGUUUACCAAACGCACAAGAGAGUGUGGCCUGCCUCCCAGAGGGACGUUCUCUAUCUGUCAGCCAUUAGGAAGAUUCUGGCAACAAACGAAAACGAUCCCGACACGUGGCUGGUGUGCAAUUUCUCCGUCGACCAUGACAAUGCUCCACCCACAAACCGGUGUGUCCGUGCCAAAAUCAAUGUGGCCAUGAUCUGCCAAACUCUGGUCAGCCCACCAGAGGGAGAUAAAGAGAUAAGCAGGGACAACAUCCUCUGUAAGAUCACAUAUGUUGCCAAUGUAAACCCUGGAGGCUGGGCCCCAGCUUCAGUCCUGAGAGCCGUUGCCAAGAGAGAGUACCCCAAGUUCCUGAAACGCUUCACCUCCUACGUUCAAGAAAAAACAGCUGGGAUCCCCAUCCUUUUCUGAACACUAAGAGCUGAGUCAGGCUGGCCCAUUGUAGGGAUGGUGCUCUUCAUUCAGCAAACUGUCAGAAUGGCCCACUCUCCUUUCAUUUACACAAGAACUUCCAGCAGGACCUUGUAUGACCAGGACACCCCACAGGAUACCUGCCUGAACAUGAGAGCUUUAACACCCCAGCUGCAUCUUACUAGCUGCCUCCAUCUGGUGGCCAUGAAAGUGCAUUUAAAAUCAGUUCAAAAGUUUUUGAAGAAGUCUUAUAACAUUAUUGAUUAGUUGUGUGUUGUUUUUUUUUUUUUUUUUGUAAAUUGUUUUGUACAUUUCUUAUGAUUACCUACUUCUGGACCUUUUUGGGUGUGCUAUAAUCACUAGUGUUACAGCUACUUGUUUUGCUGCUGCUAAAGUAAGCUACCACAAGAGAGGAGCGUGAAUGCUCCCGGGAGCUGUUUCCCCUUUCUUGCCUUGCCCUGUCCUUCUUUUGACAACUCUUUACUGUUCGAUGGGGGGUCAGAGCUCACAGCUUUGAGAUCUUUAUAUUUCUAGAUUGUUAUAAACUAGUUUUCGGAGAGCACAUAGACACAAUGUAUUGUACAGAGAGUACCUUUUCAGUUAGUUUACCAACAUGACAAAUGUGAAUCGACUGUUAAACGCUUGAAUCUGAAUGAUAGUAAUGGCAAUGGGAGAUUGAGAGACUUUGCUUAUUAACUCUUCUUGGACCAUAUUUUUUUUAAAGGCUUAACUGAUAAUAUGGCAAACAGUGGUCUGAAAUUGCGAUCAGCAUGUCUGUCUUUAACCUCCAACUCAGUGUUUCAGAUGGACAUUUGCAAAUGAUUGCAGUGUCUGAUAGAAAGAUUCCUCUCUUUCAUCCAGAGAGAAUUUGAUCCACUUUGUACACAUUUUAUUUCUUAAAUGUUUGCAAGAAUAACCAUUUUUACAUUUCAAGAUUGAAAAUGAGAUCUACCUUUGUCCAACAGAAGUGAAAUUGUGAAUUGGUAGGAAUUAUAUCAUUCGUACUUUUCAUUGUCAGUUGUGCAACAUUUACAUUUCACAAGCCACACUACGGUGCAGCGGCAUCCCACCCUCUGACUGAUAAAAGAACCACCCCCAGAAUGCCUUCGACACCAGGGUGAACCUUGAGACGUUCUAGAUUACUCUAAUUUACAGCCACCAGACAUGCAUUUAUCAACACUGCAUUGAAACUGGGGGAAUGGUGGGUCGACAUUUCAUGUCAUCGUACCUCAUGACUAUUAGAUUGUGUUUAACGCCGUUGAGCGUUGGGAGUUUUGCAAUCAGCUGAUCUGUGUGGUUAGAUCAUUCGCCUGCAGAUUAAAUAAUCUUGGAGCUCCGAGGUUUGGAAGGUUCUGGAUUAUUGUUUUGCUGAUAACACAAGUUAGAUCAACAUGUUAUUCCAUCUAAAGAAUACAGUUGGUGUUUUUAAUUGUAUUUUGUCAGCAAUCUACAGACUUUGUAUAUUUCUAAGUUGUACAUCCGAAGUGUUAUUAUUUGCACUAAAUGUAUUUGCAUUUGACAAUGUUCUGUAAAGUAAAAUUAUUACACAAAAGACCUGAAUAAAAGUGCACUGUUUAUGCAGACUA